AUGGUUGCCAGGCUGGAGACUAUCUCAACUGUCAAAUAUUUGCCCAAGUCCUCUAGUGCGCCAACACUAACGUCUGAAGAUACGUCAGGUAUCGAGCAAUCAGAUGCUGUACUGCACCGUAAAGCUCGUAUGACUCCGUUGUGGAGAAACUUAGCCAGUAAACCACAUGGUGCUUACUGUCAUGACCAUAUAGAGUGCUUGACAAGACUCUGCAGGAAUGGCUUUUGCUCUUUUGAUGAACCUGUUCACUCCUAG